UUAUUUAAAGCUGACCUCAUUUGACCUUUUCAAACGUAAGCGCGCCAGUCGUCCAGUGACAGUCGUGUGAGUGAGACUUGUGACUGAAACCUGCUUUUAAACUUCCCUGUAGCUUCACCUGUAACUUCUGCUUGUUUUAUGAAAGACAAUUAUAAUGGUGAGACAAGUAGACACACGCGAGGAAUUCCAGGCCGUGUUAACAGAAGCAGGAGAUAGGCUAGUGGUGGUGGAUUUCAUGGCACAGUGGUGCGGACCCUGCAAGGCCAUAGCGCCUGAGGUAGAGAAAACGGAGGAGGAAUUCGGUGAUGAAGUGAUCUUCAUCAAGGUCGAUGUGGAUGUCAAUAAGGAAACUUCAGAGGAAUGCAACAUCUCUUGUAUGCCGACAUUUCACUUCUACAAAAACUCACAAAAGGUUGCCGAAUUCAGCGGUGCCAAUGCAGUCAAACUCAGGGGAUUCAUUAAUGAGCAUAAGUGAUUCCCUAAGCGGUCCCAUUUGAUUAGACCCCCUAGGGACAAAUAAACAGUAGGUAUUAACAACAUGCAGGAUUUAUAGUCGUCACACACCUAUUUUCCAUAGGACAAGGCCCAGAUUUGAGCAGCUUUUGGUGGGUAAUAAACUCUGGCAAAUUAUACUCCUUAUUUUAUUCAAUAUCUUAUAUGCAUAAACUUGCCUAUAUGGUUUUAUGUUUAUCAUAUAUUUGUCACUUAGGCAAGUUCAUUGAAUUCUCACGUCUUGCCAGUUAGUUAUAGAAUAUGUUUUAGACAUUUCAUCUUAUGCCAAUUACCUUUUUUUCCUAUUGACUCGCAGUGAUCAUAAAAUUAUGAACUUUUAGCCUAAGCUAUUAAGUUACAUUUUAGCUUUAAUGUUUUCAACUACUGAAUUGUUCGUUUUUAAAGUUGUCAUAUCAACAUACAGGGUAUUUUUAUGGUCUUUGAAACUUGUCAAAUUCACCUGUUGUAAGCUUUAGGUGUUAUGUCCUUCAACAGUAUUUUGUCUUUCAGAACAAGUAUAUUGCCUGUACAUAGUACCUUGCACUUUGGUUAU